AUGCUGCUGCCGCCUUGUGCUGGCUGCAGCAGCGAGACUAUAGAGAUCCUGCAUCUGCAGCUGACGCCUUUGCGAGUGGUUUGCCUGGGCGUAUUCACUGAAAAGACAAGCAGGCUCACCCGCCGCUUUGCUGCUGCUGCUGCUGCUGCUGCCUUCGCCAGAGUCUCUUUGGCUGAGGAGACUGGAGCGCGGCUUUACCUGCAAGACAAGGCGAGGCCCGUAAGCCGUCAGCAGGUGCUGCAGCAGCUGGGGCUUGCCUCUGCUUCUCCCCCGGGACUCUUUAGCCGCCAGUUCGGCAUUUGUGUCAGCAGCACCACACCGACUUUGCGCAUACCUACGCUGUCUAUACACCUUGGCCCAGACAUCACCUCCAACUCUGUGCUCCAAAGAAGUCAGCCCCAGCAGUUCAAACCCAAGAGAGGCCAGAUUUUUUGCUUCACAGAGGGCUGCGGCUACAUGUCUGCGCGGCUAUGGAGGCGCCUGGGCGACGCCUUCCCCCAGCUGAGGCGGUGCAGCGCCGUGCAAAUGCGCCUGGGAGGCCUCAAGGGGAUGCUGGUGCUGCACCCGGCCUUUCCCCCUGGGCUGCUGGAGCGGGGCCAAGACAUAAUGGCCCACGCGUCCAUGGCCAAGUUUGCUGCGGACGCGCAUUUGCAGGUCCGCCACAGGCCCCCGCGCUGCUCUGCAACAGCAGCAGCAGCAGCAGUAGCAAGCAUGCGCCCCGCGCUGCUGCUGCUGCACCCGCAGGCAAAAACAGCCGCAUGCAGAGCCACCGUAACGCUUUGUACUCAUAUCGGGUUUUUAAAAUGCAUGCAAACUUGCAUGCGUCCUUCAGGAUUUGGAGGUAAACGACCACUCAAGGCGACUGGCGGCUUUUCUGAACCACCAGGUAAAUAG